UGCUAGCACUGUGCUGCAAACAUAAUUGCAGAGCAAACCGCGAUCCAUGAACUCUGUAGUGUAUGACUAAUGCUAAAUACUUAUUGUGGUUAAACUCAUAGAGCUAGACGGACCUCUGGCGGUUAAGCUAAAACAUGUCACUAUUCAAAGUAAAACAGUGGUGGUCGAACGAGAGAUUGCAAAGUGAAGAAACAAAUGAAGGUUUUCAGAAUAGCAGUUGUUUGAAGGUAGACAAGUUCAACUCGCAUACGGACAGUGACUGUGUCGUUGUCGGCGAUGGAAUGAUACUCAAAAUAUACAAACCGAGUAAAGAUGUAGAUGUUUCACAUACUUUGCUUGAAGCCCAACUGAGUGCGACCAUACUUCAGAUCGAAACUGGAAAGUUUGUAGCAGGUUCUGAAGACCGACAAAUAUUAGUGUUACAUCCUCAGAGUUAUGGGGUAUACCAGUUAAAUAGGAAAGAGGGGCAUACCGACGCCGGAGAGCAAAAUUUACUGAAGCUUUUAACAAAGCAUACUUUCACUAGAAGAGCACAUAGCUUAACAUGUGGUCCUUUCGGUAAUAUAAAAACCAGGGAUUUUAUUUGCAUACAAGCAUUAGACGGCAGUCUCAGUUUCUUCGAUCAAGAAUCGUUUCUGUUCAUGUACAUUUCACAUGACGUCAUUAUACCCGGUCCCGUGUGCUACAUUGCGAGUAGCGACUCCUUCGUCCUCUGCAAGUCUACAUGGGUGAUAGAGAUACACAGUUAUCAACAGCUAAGAGAAUUUAGUGAACUAAAUGUUCGACAGAAUAAAAAGCAUAUUCCACAGUGGGUGUACAAUGCAGGAGAAGAAAUUUCGUCAGUACAAGUUAUUCAGACAAGCAGCAAUAUUUCCAGUAUACUAGCUUUAGGUGAAAGACACCUUUGCUGUUUUCAAGAUAAUGGUCUAAUGAAAUUCAUGAUCAAGUUUGAUUACAUGCCGAUUUGCUUUUUUGCUUAUUUAAUCGGUUGGUAUUACGAGCCAACUGCUCGUCUACUCGUCAUGAUAUCAUCAGAAGACUCAAAACUGUACAUUUACGAAGGCACUACUCUGCUGUGGUCCUGUGAUUUGCUGUAUACAGCCGUGUCAAUAUCCAGAUGUUUCUUGAAAUAUCUUCCUGGAGGAAUAGUCACGCUUUCUACUAAAGGAGUGGUUACCGUGAGUUACUUGGGAACUGAACCGGAUCUGAACUCAAACGCCGGUCCUAUGAUUAAUGAAGUGAUUGAUCCGGAGCAAAUUCAGUCUGAGUUAGGAGAAGUUGAAGAAAAGUUGACUAAAAUUUUAGACGGUGAAGAAGGUAUAGACAGGUACACGAACGUGGACCAAAUACUAAAAAUAAAAGCAGAUGUUGGUAAACCUGUCCAAAAUCUACACGACGAAUUUACACGAGACAGUAACAUAACUCUACAUUUACUGAAAUGCCCAGUGGUGGUCAUGUUAAGUUGUCAAGACCCCAACUCGUUAAAAAGUGUUCAGAUAACAUUCGGAUGUUAUCCACCGUUCGAAUGUUCCGAUUCUAGUAUAUGUUUAGAAAACAUCAACGGAACUGAAAUAAUUGAGACACAAGUUUUCAUAGCAAGUCCAACCGAUAUUUCUGACACGAAAGUGAGAAUAAUCUUCACAAUAAUUGAUGCUACGGGGAAAAUCAACGUAACAGAUAGAGAAGUAUUGCUACCUUUAAGUCUUUAUUGUUUGCCUACUGAAGCUGUGAUAGAGGAUGAUUUUAUUUUACGAAUACACACAAAUACUCCUUGUGCUGAUUUGGUUGAAGUAUUUACUGAUUUCACAAAAGAAGACCUCACAAAAUAUGGCAUCUCAGAUAAUAACAUCACCUUUACAUAUCGUUCAACAAAGAAGACUGUUACAUUAAAGGCGACAGACAAUCAGUACAUAAUAGAAGCCAAAGAUUAUUCGGACAUGACAGCAGUUCUACAGCAUUUCACUAUGAAAUUAGCGAGUCAUUUCGAACGGAGUGGCGUGAAAGAUUUUCGUAUCAGCAUAAGAAUAGAUAAAGAUACAGCUAAGAUGUUAACACAUAACUUUAUGAAGAACAUUGAAAGCCACGCGAAAGAGAGAGUCAAAUCAAAAAAGUUUGAGGACGAGCUGACAGUACUUCAGAGACAGUUCACAUUGGUCCAAAAGAAGCUACUGGUACAAUAUGGGUCUCUACCGCCUGGCGAUUGCGAUCCUUUGGAAUUCCUUAUGAAGGACACGCAUAGACGGAUCGUUAAAACCGUCCACGAUAUUAUUGAAUGUAGGGAAUCAGUGUGCAGAGUUGGCAAUAGUGUGACGGCGGUUGGCCGUCUUUUAAUAUUCAUUUUUCAGCAGACUGUUGAGGACGAUUUCAAAGUGAAACUCAUAGAAGAAAUGUUAACUUUAGGCUCGCUCUACUACGAUUAUCAAGACUGGGAAGAAGCGGUAACUCAAGCUUUAACUUAUAUUUUAAAUAAUGUGUUUCAAAAAUCUGAAAAGGACAAGGAGAAGUUAGCUACGGUGUCCGAGCAAGGGAUACUCUCGCAAGUCAACCUGAAAAGAUUCUUGAAACAAAUCCGAAUGAUAUUAGAAAAGAUAUUCUCCGAAAUUCACAACGACGCCGAAGACGUAUCAAAACCUGAAAACAAGUUCACACGAAUAGAAGAAUUCGUUGAAGUAAUAUGAAUUUCGUAUAUUGUAAUUUUACGUUAAAAUUACACCUCUACACAAAGUUCCCACAGUGAGAGUUAUAUAUACAAAUA